AGUUGGCGUUGAUCUGUUCAACAAGGAAGUUUGGUAGAUUGCAUUUCGCUUACUGCGUUUCGGUAGGUGUUGAAGGAUGGCAGAUUGAUGCGAGAAAAGAUGGAGCUCAGAAGGAACUUGAGAGAACACGUGCGUUAGCAGAAAUAUUGGCGGCUGUUCUUGCUCGAAUUGAUAGCCUACUAAGUAGAGGUGUCACAGAUGAAGGACUCGACAGAAUUCUUCAACAGACAUCUUGUAAUAUAUCAAAAGAAGCCGCCAGAGAAGUGUUGACUAUUUGCCAACAACAAGCAAAGAAAUCAGUCCGAGAUAACAGCCAAGCCUAUGCAGCAGUGUCGUUUGUAACAGGCGAUAAAACACAGCAACAUGUUGAUGCCAUUGCUUCCAUUACGGAUGUAAAGCCCGAUGAUAAGUCAUGUUUGGAGUCUACGGAGGGUGAAGAAUCAGAUAUCUUUGUGACUGCUGGGGGCGACCUUCCUUGCCAGUUUGUGUAUUAUGUCCUGAUCAGGACUCGGCCACUCACAGAACAGAAACUAAGAAGUCUGACAGACGGUGUCCUACGCAAAGCUGAGAAUGAUAAGAUAUCAAGCAUCGCCAUUCCUCCAACUGGAUAUGGCAUGGACUCUUUAUCAACGGGCGUGUUGGCUAGAUCCAUCAUUGACACGGCGUUGAAUCAUUCAUCGGUGUCCCUUGAUGAAAUAGUGGUGUAUGCGGAUGAAGGCGAGGUGGAGUUGAUUAAGGCAUUUACAUCUGAGAUUGACAAGCGCCCGCAACUUGGGGAAGGCAGACCACUCGGGUCUUCCUUUUCUGUGACCAUUGUCAAAGCGGAUAUUGUCCAUCAGGAUGUUGAUGUAAUUGUAAAUUCCACUACCUCGAGUCUCAGAUUGGCAAGUGGGCAACUAUCUGCAGCAAUAUAUAAAGUUGCUGGAGACAGCAUACAAGAAGAGUGCAGGGUCAACUAUCCCACAGGUGUUAAGAUGGAAGAGAUAGCCGAGACUUCAGGAGGUCUUCUACCGAGUCGGAGAAUAUACCACACGUCCCUGGGAGGUUGGUCAGAGCAGAAUUACAGAGCGUUUUUUGUUAAGUGUCUGAUCAGGGCCUCAACCUCAAAUCUGAAGAGCAUCGCCUUUCCUCUGAUUGGUACUGGGAUCUUGAAAUAUCCUUGCGAUAAAGUGGUAAAAUGUAUCUUCGAGAGCUUUGAUGAAUUCAAAACAAGCAACCCUCACACAUCCCUGUACGAGGCGCGUGUUGUGGUGUAUCCAGAAGACACGACAAGCUUAGAGAUCUUUGAGGGUGUUCCUCCCAUUGAAGGGGUCGAGGUAGCAGUAGUCCCAGCAACACACGAAUGUACAAUAAAGACAGCCGUGGGCAUGGCUGGACACAUCCAGCUGCCUGCACACUGGAGUCCAAUGACUGAGGAACAGUUUGUGAGCGAAGUACAGCUGGAACCUGAAGAUAAAGAAUACACAUUGGUGGCUAGAAAAUUCAAUACAGGUGUUAACCAUCGGUUUACCAUUGUCCAGAUAAAGAGAAUCCAGAACCGCACACUUUAUCUCCAGAACAUGAUGCUUCGACACAAGAUGGUGACAGAGAACCCAGAUAUGGAUGUUGAGCAACACCUAUGGCAUGGAACAAAGGGUGAUUUUGUAACCAGUAUCAGUGUCCAUGGUUUCAGUCGCAGCUAUGCAAAAGUCCAUCGCUUUGGAAAGGGAACUUAUUUUGCUGUCAACACCAGCUACUCUGCUCGUGACCUGUACUCUCCUCCAAAUGAAGAUGGUACCAAGCACGUCUAUUACGCGUCCGUCCUCACUGGACACUUCACUAAAGGACAAGAAGACAUGGUAGCUCCCCCUUCUCGAGGCCUCGAAGACCCAAAUGUCCUGUACGACAGUUUGGUUGACAACGUGGAUAAUCCCAGUAUGUUCGUGGUGUUCAACGACGUCCAGGCCUAUCCCAAGUACCUCAUCACUUUUCGGGAGUGAAGAAGAACAGGGAAACAGUGUAAAGAAUGUGACUCUCUGAUGUUUGAAUUUGUGUCUACAUACAUAACUGUUACACGACACGCAAUCAACCAUGUCAACUAUCCUCAACACCCGAUCCAUUUGGACAGCUCGUCCGACAAGAACUGGGUAUUUAUUCUCAACAUACGGUCAUUCAAGCUGUUAAUGUGUGUGCUACAUAUGCAUAUAUGAUUUAUUCUAAUAUUUCCCUACAUUCUUGAAUAUAGUUCAUGUGAUUUAACCAACAAUAUUCCAUACUGUUUUGGGUACGGCAACAGUCGAUUAGCUCAUGAAUUUUUGUUUAAAACAGAUGAGGAUGUUUCAGAUUGUUUUUUUAUUAUGAAGUAACAAAUCGGAAAGAUCCUUUUAUCUGGUUAAUUGGUUGAUUGCUCGUUCUUUUUACUUAUAAUUUGAUUUUCAAUACAUCUUUAGGAAUCUGAUCUGUGUAAUAAGUUGUAAACAUGAAGUUCUGAAUAACUAUCUUGCUAUUUUUUUAUAUGGAAAGAUACACUGUUGAUGUUUUCUUGUUACUUUCUGGUUUGCUUUUCAUUGUGAUAUUUACCGUAAUGAUUUAAUGUACUGACAGAUUUUACAAAUGUAUGUUUUGUUCUGCUUGGUGUAUAGCUGUGAUAUUACUGCUUGAAUAUAAAAUUUGAACUAUUUUAGUAAACAUAUGACACACCAACUGAUCAAAUGCUUCUAAAGUUUUACCCGCUCAAUAUUGCUAUAGGGAAAGCGUCAAUAAACGAAAGAGGAUGUAAACGUCUUAGGACGCAUGCAUAUACUACAACCACAAUGUUCAACAAUGUCUGGAUAACUGAAAACAUUACAGUACCUCGAUCUUGCGUUUGAACAAAGCGGCUUACCGCUUGCAUGAAACUACAGGCUUAUAUACAUAUACCCGGUUGACUGGGAUUAAAAGAAUAACAAAAGUACACAAAAAGUAAGAAUAUAUCAUGUUGUUCCGGAAAUCCGGGUUUUUUUUCAUUGUUUACUUUAAAUACUUCCAGCGCUGGAUGUAACAGAAACAGUUGUCAUGCACUUUAUUUCGGGUUUGCUUCAUAAUUUUGGCUGAAAAUGCAUAUGAAUGUGUGCCUUUUACUUGGAAACAAGUUUUCAUUAUUCUUAGAAUAAUUGACAUUUAAAUACGUUCUACUUUUUUUUAAGCUACAUGAUUGAAACUCGAAAUUUCGUUGUCUUAUGUUCGACUUAAAGUCAUAUUAUUAAUGUCAAAUGUGGUAGUUGGUUGUUUAACGCCGCACUCAGCAAUAUUCCAGCUAUAUGACGGCGGUCUACAAUAAUCGAAUCUGGACCAGACAAUCCAGUGAUUAAUAUCACGAGCAUUGUUCCACGAAAGUGGGAUCGAUGACAUGCAUCAACCAAGUCAGCGAGCCUGACCACCCGAUCGCCUUUUAUGGCAAGCAUGGGUUGUUGAAGAUUUAUUCCACCCAGGAUCUACCCAUGGGUCUCAAAUAUGGUGGAAUAAACAAUGUAGGUUAUAGUUUGUGUAUGUCAAUGUGUCAUAACUCAACACAUGUUUGUUUCAAAGAAUACUCAUGUUGGCAUAUAUAUAUAUAUAAACAUUUUACCAUUUAAUUC